GGGACAGCCCGAUAACCAGGAAGAAACUCCGAUCGCUAAGGAGAGUGAAGAGGAAAAUCCAUCGACUACAGAACUGGUUGAGAAGCUUGGAAGCGAUUAUGCAGAAUAUGUUGACAUUGACACAUCAGCGGAGAGAAAGAAGUACUCAGAAACUGUGGAUGAAAUGCUGAUAAAGCUGGAUGAAUUUUGUGGAUUAGUUGAUAUGAUCCGAAGUGACACUGCCUUGUGUUUGUACAGAACAAUGCCUGAAAUACAAGAAAAAUGCAAAGAAAUCCAAGUCAUUUUUGGCAAAAUUGACAAGUUGGAGGCAUUUGUUACGGCUGUCAAACGUAACGUGUCAGAAGUGGAGGAUCGUGUAAAUAAGGCAGAGGCAGAUAUGGGUUCCCUUAGUGGCAUUAAGAAAAUGUUGAGCUCUAUUAGCAUUCCGUCAUUCAUGAGUCCGAAAAAAUCAGCAAACAAGCAAAAAACAGAGGGUAAAGUGGAUAAAGGCCUACGUUUCGAAGCACUGGAAAUAUUUGAAACAGAUAGAUUUUUCCCUGCCAGCAGUCAUGCCCCUCCAGCUGUGAUAGCUAAAUCCCCAGAGCCAAGUGCUUCAGAGGGAAUUCAGACAUAGUACAGUGUAAUACCCCAUCCCCCAAAAUGUCGGAAUAUAACAGAAAAUAAUAUAUUAGCAAAUGAGAUGUAGGAUGGAUUUUCGGUUAUUUUAUUUUUGUUAUUCAUCAGUGUUUCUGUGUAUAUACAUGAAUGAUGGAAUCGAAAAAAUCGUGCUUUUAUGGAAAUCAUCAUGUGUUUUAUUAAUCCGGCUGAAACCAAUUGUCAAGAGGUUAAAUUGAAGUGUUAAAUGGAAGAAAUAUUCUUGGCUGCAGUCAUAUAACACCUGUCAGUUAAUUGGGAUUCAAACCCAAUCUUAGACAGAUAGUUUGUAGAUUCCACUGCUCUGUUUCCUGGACCUCAGUGACAAUAAACAGUACACGACACUCACGUGGCCUUUUGCACAGUCUAAUUUUCGGUGGACACCACUUGUCUUUCACCAGUAUGAUAUACAUAGCUGUAAGUCAAGUUGGUUUGGGCAGGGCACUCCAGUGUCCUCCACCCAUAGAACUGUCCAUCAUCGUAAACAAUUGAAAAGGAAAAAAACAAAUCAAUAAUACAAAAUAAUUACUGUUGGGAACCCUUGACCAAAUCUGUCUAUUGUGUUAUUAUAAGUGGUGUGAACUGUGUGAUAGUCAUUGCCCGCUAUAUAAGAUAGGAAAACAUACGGCGGUUAAUUGUAUGCCAAGUCAAUAUAAUACGGCUGUACAGUGGGUUUCAGUUAAUAAAUACUUCUUUUAA